CAAAGCUUAUUGUUCCAUUAUCUAGAUGUUAAUGUAUUGGUUGAAAUUUUGGUGGAACAGAGAUUGGUGCAGCACCAGCCGACGCAGCAUCCAACGUCUGAGGAGCUUAGCAUUGGCAAAAUCAAGUUCAAGGCUUUUGAUUUGGGCGGUCAUCAGAUUGCUCGCAGGGUCUGGAAGGACUACUACGCCAAGGUGGAUGCUGUGGUGUACCUAGUGGAUGCAUACGACAAGGAGAGAUUCGCAGAAUCGAAAAAGGAACUGGACGCACUUCUCUCAGACGAAUCUCUAGCCACCGUCCCCUUCCUCAUCCUGGGAAACAAGAUAGACAUACCGUACGCUGCAUCAGAAGACGAGCUCCGUUACCAUCUCGGCCUCUCCAACUUCACCACGGGAAAGGGCAAAGUGAACCUAGUCGAUUCCAACGUAAGACCACUGGAGGUUUUCAUGUGCAGCAUCGUCAGGAAGAUGGGUUAUGGCGAAGGCUUCAAAUGGCUCUCUCAGUACAUCAAGUAACCAAAGCCACCAAGACUCCUCUCCAACACAUGGCGUUAUUAUUAUUGUUAAACAUCAAGGCUUAAGAGAACAGGUAAGAGUUGCAGGUUAAGAUGGCUCAACUACUUGCGACCAGAUGUUAGACGAGGCAACAUCACUCUCGAAGAACAGUUUAUGAUCCUCAAACUCCAUUCUCUCUGGGGCAAUAGGUGGUCGAAGAUUGCACAGUAUCUACCGGGAAGAACAGAUAAUGAAAUAAAGAAUUAUUGGAGAACUCGUGUGCAAAAACAAGCUAAACACCUUAGAUGCGAUGUUAAUAGCAAUCUUUUCAAGGAGACAAUGGAAAAGG